GCAUUUUCAUUUAUGCUAUAGUUGUUUUUUUUUGAUUACGUCUAAAUGUGGUUUGUGUGGCAACCAAUUCUGAUGGAACAUCCUAUUAAUAUCAUGUGUAAAUUAAGCCUUGAUGUAAAUAUUUUUUCUUUAAUGUCUUUUUCAUUAAGAGCCUAUGAUUCGGUAUGCAAAACGUGAACAUGUGCCCUCAUUAUUGAGCUCACUCUACUGCUUUUAAUUGCAGGUUGUUAGAUUAGGACAAUUCCUACCACCUUUAUUUGAAUUUUUUAUCUUGGUUAUGUGACCUCUUUAAUGAGCACAGGAAUGAUGGAUGUACCUUUCACAAUCAGGUCCACUUGCUUUAAUUAAUGUGAUCCCUCAGCUUUUCAGACAGAGUGACUCUGCCAAGCUCUUGGGGACAGGAUGAACUUCCUUAUUGUGAUUAAAGAUCCAUAAAUAUUAAUCAGCCGUUGGUCGGGGGAGAGUCAACCCACACCUCAUCUGGCUUUGUGCCGAGUCUGUUGAAUGGCCGUAAUGUCUGUCUCACACACACACCUGUGGUUCUAUGUAAUUGCAGUUCUCCCAUGAUAACCUGAUGGUUGUGCUGAGGAAACCUUUUAAACAUUUCAACACAUCUCCCGACAAUGACGCACUUAAAUAUUCAUUGAUGCAUGAACUAACAUAUGGUAACGGCUGUUUAUAGUCAUGCAUAAUCACCACAGGUACACAAACUGUUCACCAGGCAGCACUUGAAUGGAGAAUAAAUUACAGAUAUGCAUGUGAAAUGAAUAUCUACAUAAUUGCACUUGUAAGUUAAAAAGAAAAGAGUGUACUGUAUCCAGAAUGAACGUUUAAAAGAUCUGCUUGUGUAUCAUUUUUGCAGUAAAUAUAUAUUUCCUUUGUCUAAACCUGAAUUAUAACAAGUAUCAUUUACAUGUAUGAAUACAGAAAUUAGAUUUUUAAUUCACACAUGCGACAGUAGUUUGUGAUUUUCUAAUUGUACUAGUAAUCACAUUGACAUGCUUCCUGUUGGAGGCAUGAUGUAAUGUGUAGCGGUUAUUGGUGACAGGUGAUUGUGUUUAAUUGUCUUGGCAAGUUCAAUCAUCAAGUUUCCAACAGGUGAACAGCAUUUUAUGUAAUUGGAUAUGUGAGUUCAUUGGUCAGACAGGCCUUUAAAAGACAAAUGCUACUUUGUUGGUGUAUACAUAGAUUUGUAGCUGAUUUUGACUUGAUGGUUCUGGAUUUCCUGUUGAUUAAGCAGUCUUGUUGAUGUAUUUUUUGACUAUGGACCCCGGGCAAAUUAGGGUCCAUUUACUGUUGAUCAUCUUGAUCUGCUGGAAACAUGCUGUUGCAAACAGAAGUUUGUCUUCUCAGAAAGUUCAGCCUCAACAGAAUUGGUUUGUCAAAGGAUCCUUUGGACCGCAGGUUGUCCAGUCUUCUGUAUUGGAGGUUCCAGUAACUGCGAGCAUUCCUUCUGAAGAAGUGGUCUCUGUGCUUGCUGGAAACAGCCCAUCUAGUCACUCUGAAUCUAUGUCUCUCACCCAAAGUGCACCAAGUGCUUUGGUUUCUUCCCUGGUCCUACCACAAAAUCUGCAGACCUCGGGCAGCUAUGUAUUGGGUUCAAAUAGGAAGUAUGCUUUUGCUACUUCAGAUGGAUCUAAGCUGCAAGGAGCUUCACUGCUUGCUUCAAUGGGAAGUGGAAGUUCUGGUGGCUUGACAUCUCAGUCUCAAGGCUCCUCUAGUCCUUCUAAUACAGGCUCUUUCUUGAAGUUUGACUUCUCCCCCUCAUGGGUUCCUAGCCGGAGCAGUCUUGACCAUGAAAUUCCGUCAACCUUGUGUAAAAUUAGUUCUGCUGGAUCUUCAUCCAGCUCCCCAAAGCCGGAUUCUCCUAAUGUCAGCUCCCAAAGUACCUCAAGUCAGAACACCCUGAUGUCCUCUGCAAAUACCAAGCCUGCCAUUGCUUCCCCCAUGGGUCUAAUCCAGUUUACCAGUGGUCAAGAUUCCAGCAGCAAGCACACCUUAAGCUCCCAGAGCAGGGUUGACAGUAAGCUUGCAAUUUCCAAUCAGUAUGUUCCUGUACAAGGAAUUGCUUAUAGCUCAGUCGUCCAGCCGCAAGGUGCCACUAUCCAGUAUGCUAAACCUUCCUCUGUGAAUGUGCCUGUGUCUAGUGAAGUAACUCUGAGUGGCUUGCCUCUUUCUCUAAGCCAAUCUUCUCUUAUGUGGCAGCCUACUAAGAUUCAAGGUCUUCAAUCUAGUGGCAAAACGGCAUUACAAGGAUUCCUGACCUCUGGUGCCAUGCAGAGCAGCUCGCUGACCCCAAGUGGUUUCCCUGGUAGCACUUCUUCCCAGUCUCAAGGUACAUCUGUCCAUGUUGCUGCAUCACCCUUAAGUGUAAGCCAGUCUACGAGUGGUCUGGGGUCUACAAUCCAGUAUACAUCAAGCUCCCAGGGCUUGGUUGACCGUCUGCUACCAGCUUCUAGUCAAUCUGUGCCUGUACAAGGAAUUGCCUACAGCUCUGUUGCCCAACCCCAGAGUACCACAGGUCAGAGUGCUCAGACCUCCUCUGCAAAACUGAUUUUGUCUAAAGCAGUUCAGAGCCUCUCGCCUCUCUCUAUAAAUCAGCUUUCAAGGCCUCAGCCCUUUGUCACUGCAGUGUCAAAAGAACUUCAGACAUCUGGAACCACACAGGGUAGCUUCCUAACACCCAGUGUUGUUGGUAGCAUUUCUACCCAGUCUCAAGGUACCCCUGGCCUGUAUGUCCCUACUGCUCUAGAAGAAGUGCUGGUGUAUAGUCAGGCCAUCCCAAGUGAAUCUCAGUCUCCGUUGCAGCCUUCCACUAGCUUGUUAUCUGGUUUUCAGUCUUCCAGUACUGGGUCUCAGAGUGUCACAUCUCAAGGCUCCAAGCCUUCCACUAGCUUCUCUACCCUUGCAUCACUUGGUGGCUUGACUAGUCAGUCUCAAGGUACAUCAAAUAAGUAUACCCCUGGAUCCUCUGUUUAUGUCAAGCUUGCUGCUUCACCCUUGAGCCAGUCUACCAGUGGUCUGGAAUCUUCAAGCCAGUAUAUAUCAAGCUCUCAGGGCUGGGUUGACAGUCAGCUAGCAGCUUCCAGCCAAUCAGCGCCUGUACAAGGAAUUGCCUACAGCUCUGUUGCCCUACCCCAGAGUACAAGUCAGAAUGCUCUAACCUCUUCUAAAGUGCUUCUGUCUAGUAAGGCAAUUAAGGGUGUCUCACCCCUCUAUGUUAAUCAACCUUCAAGGCCUCAGCCCUUUGUCACCGUGUCAAAAGGGCUUCAGACAUCAGGCACCAUACAGAGUGGCUCUCUGACUCUUCCUAGUGGGUUCUCUGGUAGCACCUCUCCCCAGCCUCAAGGUACCUCUGGUGUAUAUACCCCAACUGCUGUUAAAGAAGUUCUCAUGUACAGUCAGGCUGCCCCAAGUGAAUCUUUGUCCAUACUGCAGCCUUCCACUAGCUUGCACAGUACUGUGCUACAGGGCAGCACAGUGUCUCAAGGCUUUAAAACUCCCUCUACCGAUGGCACCUUUAUCAAGCUUCAGGAAACCUCUAGCCAAUAUGUCCCCACUGCUCUGGAUGUGGAAUUGCCCCUGAGACCGAGCCAAGGUUCAAAACAGGAAUUCCUUAUCAGUGGCCCAGCGACACAAUGGCGACCUUCCUCCACUAGCUGGUCACCAGAUUAUGAGACUUCUCGUACUGUGGUAUCCCAAGUUAACGCUGCAUCUCCAAGCUUCAACUAUGCCGGUAGGCUCUCUGGCCAGUUUGCCUCACCACAGGCAGGCAUUGCAUAUAGUGGCUUGCCUAGCACAGCUGUAUCCCAGAGUAGCUCCUCGGGUUCCAGUCAGUUUCCUGUCCUGCCUGCCCUAAGCUUGCCUCUUGUCCAGAGUACAACCUCUAGUUCUCAUAAGACCCCAAGUUUAUCCAGUACGCUGCUUAGACCCUCAAAGCCCAUUCAGGCUGCUUCAGGCUCCUCAAUAACUAGUCCAAUGUCUGCUGCUCAGUCUAUUUUAGCUCAGCGCCCAAUAAAAUAUGUAGCUUCAUCUGUAGGCUCCAAUGCCCAAGCAGUUUCACAAGGUCUUGUCUCUGUACAGUCUGCUGUCCCCAUGUUUGAUUCUUCUAACUUGAAUCCCAUCGUUGACGACCAAGCUAUGGUUAUAGACUAGCUCUUCAAGACUUUGACAACUGUUAAGGGCUAGUGGUGUGAUCCUGUACAUCUGCUCGUUGGACUAAAUGGGAUCUGUUAAUGACAUCUGUGAAAACCAAUAAAUUCAAUUGAACUAA